AUGGUCCUGCAAACCAUCUGAAAACACAUAAGAACAAGAGGAUCUUUUCCAGAACGGCUGAAUAUUCUGUAGUUUUCGUAAAAUGAAAUUGAUUAGCUGAUGACUAUUUCAUGGUUAUCCAAUUUCUUUGAAGAUUCUCCUCUAAAUACAGCAGCAUUUGUGUCUCUGGGCCUCUGGGACUCUUGCCUCUUUCGCUUCUGCAAGAGAUACCUAGAUUUCAGUUGGAAAUUUGGACGUGAGAAAGAGGAGAUUUCUUGGGUGCUUUUGAUUGUUUGGUUGCAUCUUUUAUCAGAGAAAAUUCAUGGGUUUUACUUUUCGGAACUUUUCCAAAAGAACCCAUGUCUGAAAGUGACUGAUUGCGAUCGUGUAGUUACAGAUUUUUCCGCCGUCACAUAGAAGGUUUUUAUGAUUUACUUCAAUCCUUAAAACCAGUUUUGGUUCCUUUGAAUAAGGGACAGCUCCUUUUCCUGGUUGAGACAAGACCAGCCUGUAAGCAUUGGAAGCAAAGACUACGGAAGGAAAUGGAAGUUCGUGAAGUAGAGGGACGUUCUUUGCAGCCUCCUUCAGUUUCAACGGUUGCAGUGGCUGUCAAUGGAAAAAACAACUGCAAAUCUGCAGUUAAGUGGGCAUUGGGGAAGUUUGUUCCUGAAGGGAGAGUUCAAUUCAAGCUCUUACAUGUCCGCGCAAGGAUUACAAUGGUUCCGACAGCGAUUUCAGUGGGAAACUAUCUACCCAUUUCACAAGUGCGAGAUGAAGUAGCUUCUGCAUAUAAGAAGGAAGUAGAAUGGCGAACAACUGCAAUGCUUCUUCCUUACAAGCAAAUGUGUUCCCAGAAACAGGUGGAAGCAGAGGCUGUGGUGAUUGAGGCAGAUGAUGUAGCUGAUGCAAUAUCGGAAGAGAUUGCCAAGUUCUCAAUCAACACGCUUGUUAUAGGAGCUUCAUCUCGUAGUAUGCUUGCAAGGAAAUUAAGAGGCCGCGAUGUCUGCUCAAGAAUUUCAGAACGUGUCCCAAGCUUUUGUACGGUCUAUGUUGUUUCGAAAGGAAGACUGUCAUCUGUUCGUGCAUCCACUUCAGAGACGAAUGAAAGUGCCCGAGAUGAAAGGAGUGAUUCCAACCUUUCUACCAACAGCUGCUUAAGUUCUACUUCUAGCACACAGACAGAAUGCACGAACACAACUCCAUCUGUGAACUUCUCCCAUUUUCGCAGUUCUUCUCUACCAGAUCAGCGCUAUCAAGCUCUUUUAACUAUAAACCAGGCUGUUGUUAAUAAAAGAGCAAGCCCAGAUGAUACCCACCAUUCUAAAAGUCUAUCCGUGAGUACUGAGGAGGAGGUCAUGAGCUCCAAUUCCAGUUUUUCAGACUUUCAGUAUGGUGGCAGUAUGGAAUCUAGUUAUAGAAGCUUUCAAACAGACAGUCAGUCAUGCUAUUCUGAUCAGGCGUCGACAUCAGAUCUUCCUACGGAUUCCCCUUUGCCAGGCAGCCAGGUGGAUAUUAGCUUUGAGCUAGAAAGGCUAAGAAUUGAACUCAGGCAUGUUCGGGGGAUGUAUACGAUGGCCCAAAAUGAGAAAACUGAUGCUGCUCGGCAAGUAAAUGAACUAAGUAGACGCCGUGCAGAGGAAAUCAUCAAGCUCAAAGAAAUACAUGACCGUGAGGCGAAGGCUAGGGAACUAGCAAGCCUAGAGAAAGAAAGAAGUGAAGCUGUGAAAUGGGAGGCUGAAGUUGUGAUGGAAUGUGCCGAAAGAGAAGUUAUGCGAAGAAUAGUAGCAGAGACGAAAGCUGCCCGGGAUGCUGAAGAGAAACAGAAGCUAGAAAAGGCCCUUGUGUGUUCUGAUCAGCAAUACAAGAAGUUUACGUGGGAAGAGAUAGUAUCGGCUACCUCAUCAUUCUCUGACUCUCUUAGGAUUGGAAUGGGAGGGUAUGGGAUGGUUUAUAAGUGCAACUUGCAACAUACAAUGGCAGCAGUGAAAGUCCUUCAUUCAAAUGAGGGGCAUAGAACCAAGCAAUUUCAACAAGAGCUUGAAAUCCUGAGCAGAAUGCGUCAUCCCCAUCUUCUUCUUCUCCUCGGAGCAUGCCCAGAUCGCGGUUGCCUGGUUUACGAGUACAUGGAAAAUGGUAGCUUGGAUGACAGAUUGCUCUGCAUAAAUAACAAGCCACCCAUCCCUUGGUUUGAUCGAUACCGGAUAGCUUGGGAAGUAGCCUCAGCCCUAGUUUUCCUACACAAUUCAAAGCCAGAACCAAUAGUCCAUCGUGAUUUGAAACCUGCAAACAUCUUGCUUGAUCACAACCUUGUUAGCAAGAUUGGCGACAUUGGCCUUUCUACAUUGCUUCCCCUUGCAGAUUCUUCAUUGUCUGCCAUGUACAAGGAUACUGCUCCCGCCGGGACGUUCUGCUACAUUGACCCUGAGUAUCAGAGGACAGGUUUGGUAUCGGUGAAAUCCGAUGUGUAUGCUUUUGGGAUGGUGAUCCUACAGUUGUUGACUGCAAAAUCGCCUUUGGGACUCACCGAUGUUGUGGAAACUGCUCUGGAAGAAGGCCGCUUGAUGGAUGUUCUGGAUCGUCAAGGUGGGGAGUGGCCCACAGAAGAGACACAGGAAUUGGCAGCCCUGGGACUGAAUUGCACGGAAUUAAGACGCCGCGACAGGCCUGAUUUGCAGGAUCAGAUUCUUCCAAUGUUGGAGAGACUGAAAGGGCUUGCAGAUAGGGCCCGCAAUCCAGCAUCCAGUGUCAUGUCCAUCCCGCCAAGCCACUUCAUCUGUCCAAUACUUCAGGAUGUGAUGGAUGACCCCUGUGUAGCAGCCGACGGAUAUACUUACGAGCGCCGUGCAAUCGACCUGUGGCUCAGCAUGAAUGACAAAUCACCAAUGACAAAUUCGCCGCUGCCCCAUAAGUAUCUUGUGCCCAAUUACACCCUUAUUUCUGCAAUUAUGGAGUGGAAAUCCAAAAACCAAUUACACCUACCAUGCGAUUCAUGAUUUCAAUGAAGACUCAUCAGCUAGAUCCUGUCAUGGAUUGGUGAUGGCUGUCUAACCACAUCAAUUAAGAUCCUGUACGAUACUACUACCAAGCGUAAGCUCAUUUGAUUGCAGUGAAGCCAUUAUCUACGUAAACACAGGCCGGAAUCCAAAAUUUGAAAAAUACGAUUAAAAAAAAAAAAAAAAAACUAUGGUUGUAUAAAAUAUAAAAUGUGCAUACUAGGAAGUUAUAUUUUUGAAGUCAUGAAACGUUUGUUUUGGAGUUGGGAAUAUUGCGCUUAGUUGUAAUUGUUUUAGUUAUUGCAUGAAGAUUUGUACACUUGAAUUUUGAUGUAUGAGAACCUGAACAUUUGUUGGUAACAUGGUAAUCUUUUAUUCAA